CAGUUUUUGUUUUGACGCCGACAUGUACAGUUUGAAAACGGUUCCAUUCGUAGCUGGACAUCGACGAGAGCACUGGUGACGGAAAGCCAAUCAAUGACCUUCCAACGGGAAUGAAACAUCGAUUUUUCCAUUGAUGCUGGGAGUGACAAUCAGUGAUGAAUCAGCACAACAGUACUGCUAGUGGCGACUGCUCCGAAUACUUCAAUGAAACGAAAAUUAUCAAUCGAAAACAGUUGUGCUUGUGAAUGAAACUCGGUGAAAUCUUGCGAACGAAUGAUGCAAUUAUUAUUGCCCUGGCUACGGUGGAAAGAGGUUAUGUUGUCGCAAGUGACGUCACGGAAAAAUCAUACGAUACUCGGUGCUGCGCGCUGAUUGGUGGAUCGCUGGUGAUCUGAUGCGUUGUUUUGGGUGUGUAGUGGUAGUGCGCUCUCGUUUCAUCAUACGGAGUUUCCCCAUUUGCGUUCUGAAACACUGUUCGGGUGGAAAAAUUUGAGGUUUUCGUGGAAAAUACGGUUUUUUGGAAGAAAAUAGUGCUGUGAUUGGGUGGAAAAUUGUCUUGAGGUGUGGAUGAAGGUUGGUUUCGGUGGGGAGAAGUGAAAUUGAACGAGAUGAACGGCGCGGGAGGCUGGGAUAGCUUCCAGCCCGGGAGCGGAAUGGCGAUGGAUAUUGGCGAGAACAUCAAGGUGGACGAACUGGACAUUAACGAUAUUGCCGAUAUGUAUCAACUGAACGAGGAAAAACUUAUGAACUUGAUGGGUGAAGACUUCCUGAGUCAGUACAGCUGGGAGGACAAUGUCAUGGAUCAAGUCUCUCCGGAUUCAACGACGUCUCCAAUGUUGAAUUCGCUCAAUGAUUCCGGAAGCUCGAUGCUGGAUAUUAAAAAGGAGGAAUCGUCUUCUUUCCUGUCAGCUUCAUCGCCCUCCGAUUUACCAAGUCAGCAACACCAGCAGCAGCAGCAGCAGCAACAACAACAACAGCAGUUCUUCUGUAAUCUGGUUUCCAGUGAUCCAAUGAUCUCCGUGAGCAGCAGUCAAGCUCAGAAGCCCCUGCAGAGUCAGCAGGUUCCGAUUACGGCAACCACCACAGUCAAGCAGGAGCCGAUUCUGAUCCAUCCGCAGCCGACCACUACGAGUCCCGCUGCUCCCAUCAUUUUGACGCAGAGUCGAGCGAACAUUGCGGCUAACACGUCGUCAACCAUUUUACUGCAGAACAACCGUACACCGACGGGUUAUUCGUACAUCAAGGCGAUCGCUCCGGCCACCAGUGCCCCGACGAGCAUAACCCAGAACAUUCUGCCCGCCAACGUUCGGGUGCAGAAUCUUCUAACGACGAAGGCGACGGCCGUACCGACGCCGGCAACGACGGCCACCGGCGUUCCCGUGAUGCAACAGCCCACUACGGUGUUCACCUUCCAAAGCGGUGACAAGCAGGUGCUCCUACAUGCAAAUCCGACCACUGUCAUGACGGCCAACACCCAGAAUAUCCACACCUUGGUCAACACCCCCAACGGUCCCAUCCUGACGACGGGAAUUCCGCUGGUCCUGGAUGCCCAAGAGAAUACCGGAAAGCUCCAAAUCAAUCGUUUACCGCAGCCCCAGUCGACGCAGUCCGUUCCAGCGGUACCCAAGGUCAAGGAAGUCAAACGGUCGGCCCACAAUGCCAUCGAACGUCGCUACCGGACUUCGAUCAACAGCUGCAUUGUAGAACUCAAAAACAUCGUCGUCGGAGUCGAUGCCAAGCUGAACAAAUCGGCCAUCCUCCGAAAGGCUAUUGACCACAUUCGGCACCUGCAGAAGCAGAACAACCACCUCAAGCAGGAGAACAUGUACCUUAAGAUGAAGAUGACCAACCGGAAGCAGUCGCUCAAGGAUCUUCUGGUGACCAACGUGCAGGACGACAUGGUCCCGGUGAUCGGUCCCAUCACUCCGCCAAGAAGCGACGAGUCCAACCCGUCGCUGUCGCCGUCGCACAACUCGGACAAUUCGAUGCCACCGUCACCGUUCGGAACAUCUUCGUCCGGAUCCGGAGCCAUGGAUGAUUGUCUCAACGACGACGAUCUGAUGACGAGCGUCCGGGGAAUGUCCGCCCACUCGCGACUCACCCUUUGCAUGUUCAUGCUGGCUGUCUUGGUUAUCAAUCCGUUCGGCAAUUUACUUUUCUCCGGAGGAGCUUCCGGAGGCGAUGAGGAACUCGAACCCGGAACAAGCCGUCGCAUACUCGCCGUUGACGAACGCUUCUUCUCCUGGCCCAGCUUCAUCUCUUCAACAGCGAUAUUUGCGAUAAACGUUGCCCUGCUUUUGUUCUGUCUGAUCAAGAUGCUCGUGUACGGUGAUCCGAUUCUUCCGUCGCGCUCCAAGGCGUUCACCGAGUACUGGAAGCACAAGAAGCAAUCCGAUUUGGACUUUCAACGUGGCAACGCGGCGGCAUCUUUGCAGGAAGCGAAACGUUGUUUGACGCCGUUCGGAGUCACGAUACCAAAUAGUCGCUUGGAAACGAUUACAACAACCAGCUGGCAGUUUGUCCGAAUGUUCCUUCAUCGGAUCUACAUCGGACGGUGGUUUUCUCGUCGCACCGGAGGUUUGUUCAAGCCGGAGUCCCAACGCAUGGACGCGCUGAACUCGGCCAAAGAGCUGGCUCUGCUCUUCCAUCGUUUGAAUCAGCUGUACCUGGUGUCGAAUCAACCGGAAGCGAACGGCUUGAUGAUGUCUCUGUACGCCGUCAAUAUGGCUGAGGUUGCCUCGGCCGUUAUGACCCCGGAGGACAUCAUCGAGAUCUAUAUCACGGCCGCACUGCGCGUCAAGAAGAGCUAUCCCCGUUUUAUGCAGUACUUCUGUCGCUACUACCUGGCCAAGGCCAAGCAGGUCUGCAACAAUUGCGAUCAGAUUCCGGCCAAAUUCGCCUGGGCCUUUACCUCGUACGGUUUCCGGUUUCUAACGACCCAUGCCGUCCGUUUUGAGGACACGUCUGAUUCCAUGUUUACCAUGCUUGGAAAUAAGGCCGAUCCGUUGGAAUACAUGAUGCGUGACUACCGUGAAAACCUGCUUCAAAAAUCGAUCCAAUGCCUGGUCGGUUCUGGUCAGAUCAGUCGGAAGCACGUCAACGCAGCCUUCGCUCAGCAGUCGGCAUCGGCACAAGCUCUGAUCGCCGAGGCGCAUGCUUUAGCCAAGGACACCAUUAAGGACGACCAAUCGGACAAUGGAAAACCAUCGGCGCCGGCUUCUUACCCGUACUCCGGGUGCCAGAUUAGCAACGUGCUGCACUUUACCCAGCUGCUGAAGGACAGUCUGAGCGUCGAGAAUCAACCAGUUACGUUCGAUCGUUGUCUGCUAAGUGGAAACUGCUGCCAGGAUCGGUUGGCCCACUGGUGGUCCAGUCUGCUGAGCAUCGCCGCCUAUUGGUUGCUCGGAGAGGAUUCCGAAGCCGAGCGGCUGUAUCUGCACAUCGAGAACCUUCCGCUGGAGCUGGCCAAGGGAGAGGACACCCUACCGAAGGCACUGUUUGUCGCUUUCCAGGCCAAGCGAGCUCUACUGAACAAACCCCACUACAACUCGGUCCACGUUUUCCAAAUCUGCAACGCCGGCAGUCAGUACCUGGAGGAUAGUUUGACGACUAACAUGUGCAAGAGACCGAUGAAACUCAAGAUGCUGGCCCAACUCCUAGCCUGCGACUGGCUGCUAGAAGCUCGUACUGCUCUCUGGGAGGCGGACAACGAAAAGUUCCAGAGUCAAAACGGCGAAUAUGUCCCAGUGUCGGGUGCGGUGCUGUCUAAGUUCCAAAAAGACUUGAACUCGUUGCGCGUUGUCACCAAUGAAAUUCCGAACGCCCAAUCGCGAGUGUUCCUGUACGAAGCCGUGUGCCGUCUGAUGGCCGGAGCUGCCCCCGGUCCGACCCAGCAGCUACUCGGACACAGCCUGCGACAGCGCUACUCCCGGGCGUCGAUCAUCUGCAGUGGCAAGGAUCGCAGCUCGCAGCUGGUCGGCGGCCGGGAACGGGCUGCAGCACUGUACGUUGCGUGUAAGCACCUGCCGGCACCGUGUCUGUCGUCACCCGGCGAGCGAGCCAGUAUGCUCCAGGAAGCGGCCAAAACACUGGAGAAGAUCGGUGACAAGAAGCGCCUGCAGGAGUGCUAUCAGCUCAUGCGUUCGCUCGGCAGCGGAACGGUGACCAACUGAAGAGCAGAUGGCAGCACCCACGAAUGGGACGACUAUUUAUAACUUAUUGACUGUUUUAGUUGUUUAGCUUUUUUGUUUUAGAUUAAGUGCUGGGAAAUUCUCAUCGAAUUACACUGUACAUAAAUAAUUUAGCUUUACGAACAAAGUAUCACCCUGAUAGGUUUAAGAAAUAGAAUCUAAAAGCAUUUCACUGAUGAUGAUAAAUUUCAAUAAAUGACUAACGUUAUUGAACAA